AUGGCCACCCUUCUCCGCAGCAAGCUGUCCAACGUGGCCACAACCGUGUCCAACAAGUCCCAGGCCAAGGUGAGCGGCAUGUUCGCCAGGAUGGGUUUUCAGGCGGCCACCGACGAGGAAGCGGUGGGUUUUGCUCACUGCGAUGACCUCGACUUUGAGCACCGUCAGGGCCUGCAGAUGGACAUCCUGAAAACAGAGGGUGAGCCCUGCGGGGACGAGGGCGCCGAACCGCCCGUCGAGGGAGACAUCCAUUACCAGCGCGGCGGUGGCGCGCCCCUGCCGCCCUCGGGCUCCAAAGAUCAGAAUGUGGGGGCUGGUGGCGAAUUCGGGGGCCACGACAAACCCAAGAUCACCGCGUGGGAGGCGGGCUGGAACGUGACCAACGCUAUCCAGGGCAUGUUCGUGCUGGGCCUGCCCUACGCCAUCCUGCACGGCGGCUACCUGGGGUUGUUCCUCAUCAUCUUCGCCGCCGUGGUGUGCUGCUACACCGGCAAGAUCCUCAUCGCCUGCCUGUACGAGGAGAACGAGGAUGGCGAGGUGGUGCGGGUGCGGGACUCGUAUGUAGCCAUAGCCAACGCGUGCUGCGCCCCGCGCUUCCCCACGCUGGGAGGCCGCGUGGUGAACGUAGCGCAGAUCAUCGAGCUGGUGAUGACUUGCAUCCUGUACGUGGUGGUCAGCGGCAACCUCAUGUACAACAGCUUCCCAGGGCUGCCCGUGUCGCAGAAGUCCUGGUCCAUUAUCGCCACCGCCGUGCUGCUGCCCUGCGCCUUCCUUAAGAACCUCAAGGCAGUGUCCAAGUUCAGCCUGCUGUGCACUUUGGCUCACUUCGUCAUCAACAUCCUGGUCAUCGCCUACUGCCUCUCGCGGGCUCGCGACUGGGCCUGGGAGAAGGUCAAGUUCUAUAUCGAUGUCAAGAAGUUUCCCAUCUCCAUUGGCAUCAUCGUGUUCAGCUACACGUCCCAGAUCUUCCUGCCUUCGCUGGAGGGCAACAUGCAGCAGCCCAGCGAGUUCCACUGCAUGAUGAACUGGACGCAUAUCGCCGCCUGCGUGCUCAAAGGCCUCUUCGCGCUGGUGGCCUACCUCACCUGGGCCGACGAGACCAAGGAGGUCAUCACGGACAACCUGCCUGGUUCCAUCCGUGCCGUGGUAAACAUCUUCCUGGUGGCCAAAGCGCUGCUGUCCUACCCGCUGCCCUUCUUCGCUGCUGUCGAGGUGCUGGAGAAGUCGCUCUUCCAGGAAGGCAGCCGCGCGUUCUUCCCCGGCUGCUACGGCGGCGACGGGCGCCUCAAGUCGUGGGGGCUGACGCUGCGCUGUGCGCUUGUGGUCUUCACGCUGCUCAUGGCCAUCUACGUGCCGCACUUCGCGCUGCUCAUGGGCCUCACCGGCAGUCUCACGGGCGCCGGCCUCUGCUUCCUGCUGCCCAGCCUCUUCCACCUGCGCCUGCUCUGGCGCAAGCUGCUGUGGCACCAAGUCUUCUUCGAUGUCGCCAUCUUCGUCAUCGGCGGCAUCUGCAGUGUGUCCGGCUUCGUGCACUCGCUGGAGGGCCUCAUCGAGGCCUACCGAACCAACGCGGAGGACUAG